AUGUGUACGCCUGGUAGCUCCAUGCAGCACGGUUCUUUCGGAGGCAAUUACAUGCCACCAUUUGACCAAAUGGGGAGUACUGGUCCAGUAGACACAGAAAAUUUGUCCCUCGAACAUCGUACUCAGGUGACGGGUCGCGAACUUCAGGAGCUUCUUAGCGUUUCCCAUCAGAGUAUCGACGAAGCUCAGGAGAGAAAGCAAGCACUAAACAACCACCGAUUAAAACCUGCCCUUUACAACGUCUUUUGUGAAAUAAAGGAGAAAACAGCUCUCAGUCUCCGUAGCACUGCUGCGGCGAGCACGGAAGAGGAGCUCAACGCCCCAGACCCACAGUUAUUGCGGUUAGACAAGAUGCUAAUUGCUGAGGGUGUCACCGGGACGAACGACAUUGGGGAUUUUGACGGCGCCGGUGGUGGCAUGGCAGGGGAUAGUGGCCAGAUCGAACAUGCAGAUUACCGGGCCAAGCUCACCCAGAUACGCCAGCUGUAUCACACAGAGCUUGAGAAGUAUAAAAGCGCCUGCGAUGAGUUUACUGGUCAUGUGAUCAAUCUGCUUCGUGAGCAGAGUCGAAGCCGGCCAAUCUCCUCGACAGAGAUCGACCUCAUGGUUGGCAUCAUUCGUCGAAAAUUUCGUGCUAUUGAAACUCAGUUGAAGCAGAGCAUAUGUGAAGCCGUCAUGAUUCUUCGCUCCCGCUUCCUCGAUGCCAGACGCAAGCGUCGGAAUUUCAGCAAGGAGGCAACUGAAGUACUUAAUGAGUAUUUCUAUUCUCAUUUGGCCAAUCCUUAUCCCUCGGAGGAGGCCAAGGAGGAGCUUGCGAAGAAAUGUGGCAUCACUGUUUCUCAGGUUUCCAACUGGUUUGGCAACAAACGGAUCCGAUACAAGAAAAAUAUCGUCAAAGCCAAGGAGGAGGCCAAUAUGCAUGCAGCGAUGACGGCCGCUGCUGCUGUUUCCGAAGGCACAGGGCGACUGCCACCUCACCCUCACGCCAUGCCUGAUGAACACGUGACGUCCUCGUAUCCGCACGCACCAGUUAUGUAUGAUUACGAGGAGCAGCAGCAACAGUUGCAGAACCAGUCGACAGCGCCGGAGCAUCGAGACGCUGGUGGAUGGAUGACCGACGAGCCAGAACGUAAACGCAGCAAAAUGUGA